AAUAAAGAAGGGUUUUCCAAAAAUUGAAUCUUCCAAAGGGGCUAGAGAGAUUAAAAUCCUUUCUUCUUCCUUCUUUCGAAACAGAAAAUUCAAGUCUGUUGUUCUUCUUCUCCAAUGGCGUCUUCUUCUCUUGUCCGAAUCGCUGUCGUCGGAGACAUCCAUGGCUUCUGGGAUAUAGAUGAAGAUCGAAAGGCUCUUCGAGUUCUCCAGCCGCAUCUGGUGCUCUUCACAGGUGAUUUUGGUGAGGAAAACGUCCCGCUUGUUCAAAGCGUUGCCGCUCUUACUUUCCCUAAAGCAGUUAUAUUGGGAAAUCAUGAUGCCUGGUUCACCCGUGACUUUCCAAGGAAACAAAAACAGAACGGUGUUCAAAUGCAACUCGAUAUCCUUGGUGACGAGCACGUAGGAUAUCAACGCAUGGACUUCCCCUCUUUUAAGCUCAGUAUUGUUGGUGGUCGACCCUUUUCAAUUGGAGGGGAUCGAUUGUUUCGGAAAAAUCUGCUUGUCCAGAGGUAUGGAGUUCAUGAUAUGGAUGCCAGCGCUGGGAGUAUUUGUCGAGCUGCACAUGGAACACCGGAAGAUCACGUGGCUAUAAUUCUUGCUCAUAAUGGGCCAACAGGUCUUGGUUCUCAAGCAGAGGAUAUAUGUGGAAAAGACUGGGUGGAUGAAGCCGGUGACCAUGGUGAUCCAGAUCUAGAGCAGGCGAUACGACAGUUGAAGGAGACGACGAAGUUGUCGGUUCCUUUAGUAGUGUUUGGACACAUGCAUAAGGAGCUGCAACGGGGGAAAGGAAAUCGGAAAAUGGUAGUGCAAGAUGGUGAUAACCAGACUGUUUAUGUGAACGGUGCAAUAGUUCCAAGGGUUAAAGAGGCAAAGGAAAGAGGAGCAGCAGAGUCUGAGAGUGGUGGCACAACAAGAGCUUUCACAUUGGUAGAGGUUUUAGAUGGGAAAAUCAAGAAAAUUGCAGAAAUUUGGGUACAUGUUAAUGGAAGUAUGGCUAAGAUUGUGGAGGAAAAUACAUUGUUUGAAGAUGUAACCUUGAUUUGACUAAUCUUUUUUGAAGUUAAAACAAUUAAUUCCGGACAAUACGGUAAUUAUACAUUUGUCUUGGAGAA